ACACCCUCCGCCCGGCGCCUGGACGGUGCGGAUGGCGUUGCCCAGCACCGCGUCGCCACCGCGGAGCCGAAGCUUUGAGGACCGCCGAGAGGACGGAGAAGGUUAUUCCAGCCGCGCGGGCGGGAUGGGGCAGGGACGGAGCGGAGAUGGGCGGAGAGCCGCGCGGGGCCCGACCCGCUCUCCCGGGGGUCCCGCCAGCCCCGCGGCCAGCGCACUCGGCCGAUCCCUGCAGAAGGACCCGCGAGCGCGCGGAGGUCGCUCCGUCUCUGCUCUCCCGCCCUGCUCGCUCUCCGACGGUGGGCUCGUAGUACUUUUCUGUGUUUCGCCAGCAACCGAGUUCUGCUUCCCUGCCCAUCCCCAUCGCCGCUUAAGUAGACCGUCGCGGUCCUGUCCACAGAAACGGCCCAACUGUUCCUUCUCCCACAGCGCCUCUUGGUCGUUUCCUACCAGCCUUUGGGGUCCUGCAGGAAUCCUGCCUGUCCCCAGGGGUGCUGGAUAGAAAUGUGCCAGGGUACAUUUCCAAGGGGUUUCAACGUCCCUGCAGUGUCCUUCCCCACACUGGUUUUAGUGACACUACGUACAUUUACGUAAUACACUACAUACAUCUCAAACCUAAGUAACGGUAUUGUUUUAGACCGCUGGCACAUCAGCUCUUACAAAAACAGUGGUGACAAGCCUAAACAUAAAUAUCUUAUAAAGAGCCAUUACAUUCUAAAAUUGACCUAUGUAUUAAAAAUGUAUAUACACCAAUUCACUCAACCCGUAACUAUUCUGUGUGUAUUGUGGAUUUUCCUCCUCCAAGCCAUCCUGAGUCGGAACGCAUUACUCUUCUGUAAUAUUAGCAAGGGGCCCCAGUCAAGCGUACCUCCUGGUGCCAUUGCAUAGGAACAGAGUAGGACUUGUAGCCAAGUGCACGUGUCAUCUACAAGGCUUCUGAAGGGGGACUUGGAAAACGGGCCUUAAUGCCCUCUUGCGUUUGAAUGGUGUGGACAGUGACUGCUUGACAGAACUGGCUGUCUCCUUAAGGACUCUUGAUGCUGUCUCUUUGAGCUUGGUGGUACUUGGCUUCUUGACUUGGCUGUUUCUCUUUUACCGGUGUAGUCUUUUGGGGAACUGCUGAUGGUUUUUAUGUUGAUUCUGGUGGGCUUGGAACUGAUGCUAAUUUUCCUUGAUAAAGAUGCUGUUAGCUGAGUCCAGUGAGGUUCUGGUAUUCCACAUGAUUAGCCCUUAUCCACAGUUUCGUGAUGAGCAAGAAUAUGAUGGGAUUAAUUGAUCUUCCCAUGAUUUCUAUUGCCCCAAGAGAAAUACAAAUGUGGGCCCAUAUUUUUAAAAAAGCUAGAAUCUGCUUCAGUUAGUGAUGGGAAACCACAACAAACAAAUCCUUCUGAACAUCAUUUGGACUAAAGGAAGCAGAAACAUGUGUCCUUUGGAUUUAGGGAAAUUUUCACUAUUUUUUUCUUUCUUUUUGUAUUACUUGAGAUAAGUUUUUUGAUACCAAACUUUUAAACCUAUCCCUGCUUAAAUGGAGAUUUAUUUUCACUUCCCUCCUUUUGUACUUCUUGUCUUCCUCUCCUUUUUUCUUCAUUUUCUCCCUUCAUGCCCCAAAGACUUCUGCCUGCCCAUUCUGCUUAGAAAGACUAGAAGACUCCUACUGCUCUCGUUUGGCACAUAUAACCACAGAGGUAAGAAGGAGGACUUGCUGUCCCAUACAGUCAUGACCUUCGGAAAGGUAGAUGCUCUUUAUUCCCUGGGCUUGUGGAGAACUUUAAUAGCCUGCCUCUCUUUCAUUUUAUAAUCAGGAAGGAAAGGAGACAAUCGAUUAGUGGCUAAUGUUUGUACUCCAUUCUGCAUGAGUAGGUUUCUGAUGUUACGUCCUGGUUGGUUAUCAAUGCUAUUUUCUCAAGAGCAAGAAAUUGCUACAUCCAGAUCUUGUCUGAAAAUUCUGAUAAUGUGUGAAAAAAUUCCAACACUCUUCAUCAGCAGGUUUUUCUUCGUGGAGCAAUACUUAAGUUACUGAUCACACAAUGUGAUCUUCAGGAAACAAAGGCAUUAACAGAGGGUACUGUGGAAUAGAACAUUAAAAAGCUCCCAGAUAAGCCAAGUGGUGGCACACACCUUUAAUCCCAAGCACUGGAGAGCGGCCAGAUCUUAGUUCCAGACCAGCUACAGAGUGCCAGGGCUAUACAGAGAACCCCUGUCUCACCACAACACCCCCCCCCAAAAAAAAAAAAAAGCAGCCUGUGCUUUUUGAGCCUAUCCCAUCCCUUGCCUGGGCAAAUCAGGAGAGUUGGCCCUGUUGGUGUGGGCCCAAGAGAGCUGGCGGGCAGACCAACUCCGCUGCCACCAGGCCCAGAUUCAGAGCUUUGAGCCCAACAGCGAUCCCAUCUGUGAACUGCUGGAGUUCAUGAAGGGGCUGGACCUGCAGAACCAAAGCUGCAGAAUGACACAGGGCAACAACCGGAUAUCUGAGAGGAGUCCCAGUAAGGAUGCAGUGUUGAUAGUGCAGCAGGAAACAGGACUGAACCCCACCCAAGACUCCCUGCAGUGAGCAUUCGAAGUAAAGCUGUUUGUGCAGAAGGCUGUGCUGUGUGACAGACUGCAGCUUCCAGGUGGAGAUUUUUGUUUGCUUCUUUUGCUUUCUUUGGAGGGCAGAUAUGGAGGGACAAGAAGAUGAAUAAGAUUGGGGUUCAUGAUGUGAAAUUCACAAAUAGUCAAUAAAAAGUUCUUUAAAAAGACCUCUGAGAGAGACAGGAUGAAAAGUAAAGCUUUCCAGUAGGUGUGUGUGACCUCACUCAGUUCUGUGUGAAGCGCACUAAGAGAGCUUAGUGGUGUUCCAGCUUUUUGCACGGGGUCACUUAUUGCUUUAUUUUAUGCCAUUUAUUAUCCAUAACAGAGGAGCCUUCUCAUGUGACUGGUACUUCUCUGCUGUGGACCUCUGAUUGGCCUUGGUGGCAUCCUGAAUAAAUUUGACCUCCCUUCGCUGGCAUGCAAGGCUGUCUAGCAUCUGGUCCCAGUCUUGCUUUCUGUUAUGUAACCCCUUCAACCAAGUCAGUACUCUGUAUGCCUGGAGUGAGAGGCUCCUUUAGCCAGCACCCGUCUGGGCACAGAGAUGAGGUAUGAUUACACAGAGCUGCCUAGUGUGUUCCUAGCCCUGUAAUUUUUCUGUCUUCUAUGUUUUCACUGUCUAGUCUUCUCUGCAGAAAUGUUUUUACACCUCUCCCUACCCUUGCACUCCUGCUCACUCACCCUUGGCACUAAUCUCGGUUACGGCUUCCAUCAGAAACCCAUUUUGUCCUCCCUGCGAGAAUUCAUUCUUGCCACCUCUUUUCUGAGGCCCUUCAUUUGAACCCCUGUUGGUGCACCUCAUACUGGAGACUUGUGUCCGUUUCCCUGUUCCUUAAAAAAAUGAUCUAACUUCUGUUACCAGGCUUAUAUGGCAAGCACUUUAGCUGCUGAGCCAUCUCAUUGGCUCCAUCAUGAUCCCUUGAGCAGACUGACCUUUGGACUCUUUUUAUUAUUUCAUAACCAGGAAGUUCAUAGAACUUGCCUUAUAGAAACAAGUUAUCUGCUGCACACCACGAAACUUCCAGAAGACCAGCAGUUGCUGCUGUGUAGAGUAGUGAUAUGGGCACACUCAUGUGGACAGACUUGCUGUUUAGUUGGGAAAGACAAAAAGUGAGUGCUUUUUCAGCCUGAGAAGUGGUUGGAUCUCUGCAGAGAGCUGUGAAGUACUGAUAAGAACUCAAAAACUUUCUACCCCAGGUAUUCUGAAUGGGAAGACUGCCAGCAUUGUGUUUCCCAGGGCUUAGUUUUCGUUUAAAAUCUGGUACAAAUAGAACAUUAGAAUUUAAAAAAGAAAAAAAGAGGAACUGUGGGUGGGAAGGCUGAACUUACAAUUCAUUUUCUCACAGGAACAGUCGACAUUUGUGGCUGGUGUCUUUUUACUCAUAUUUUUUCUUGAUUUAUUUGACAAAUUGUUAUGAAGAAUGCAUGGUUUGCCAGACUUAUGUAAUUUUCAGUCUUUUCUGGCAUGCAGAUUCAUAGUUUGCUUUUUUAACAUAUGUCAUUGAAUUUUCCUCAUACUAUUAAAUAUUAUCCUUCCAGCCAGGAAUGGUGGUUUAUGCCUGUAAUUUCAACUGUAGAGGAGGCUAAAACUGUAAGUUUGAGGAUAGCCCAGGCUAUAGAGUACAUUUCAAAAAACAAACAAACAAGAAAAACAUUCAGCAGUAUAGUAGUAUUUCAAUGUCCAGAUAUUUCCUAACUUACUUAAUUAACCCUUUGUGUGGUACACAUCGAUUUUUUUCCAGUUCUGUAUGUAACACAUAAGCCAAAGACUACUACCUGCCACGAAGAAUGUAGCUGACCUCCAAUGACUCCCACCUUAUCUUGCUCCCUUCCUGUGAACAUGACAGACACCACUCCCAUAUCUUGUUAUGUCACCGGCAAGGGACUCUUGCAGGUGUAAUUAAGUAGCUCAGUAGUUGGUUUUGAUGACUAAGACGGGAGAUGAUCUGGGUGAGACUGAGUUCACAAGAGCCCUCUGAAAGCAGUUAGGAGAGGAAGUCAAGGUGUGCAAGGCUGCAGAGGAGGCUUGUUCUCUGUUGUGCAAUGAAGGAGUCUAGAGACAAGGGCAGGGCGGAGGCUCUGGGUCCAGAGAGUGAUUCCUGGCAACAGACAUCACUACAGCAGCAAGGAGAUAAGUGCUGAAUGACCCCAGUGAGAACUAGUGCUUUCUUGGAGCCUCUAGAUAAGAGGCUGUCGUCCUGAUUUCUGCCUCUUGAGACCCUGGAGACCCAGCUGAGUUUUCCUGGAUUCUGACCUAUGGACACAUGAGAUAAUAGAUGGUUGCUGAGCUGGGAGGGGAUCAGUGGGUAGGGGUACUUGCUGCCCUUACAGAGGCCCUUGCAGGCCUCCUGUGGAGGCUCAGCUUCCAGCACCCAUGUGGUGCCUCACAAGCUGCAGGAUAUUUGAUCCCAUUGUGAACCCCGAGAUUCUGAACUGUAAAACCUGUUUCUUGUUUGGUGUGGCUCAGCCCUAGCACACACCUUUAAUCCAAGAGCUUUCUGUUCACAGGAUUUAAUAAGGUUAACCCUAGGUGAAGAGGCGGAGCAAGAAACCAUCUGACAGGGAUUAGGCUUCCAGUAAGGAGGGACUUAGAGUUGAGGGGAACUUUAGACAGCAUGGAGAAGCAGAAGCAGCACUGGAGCUCUUGAGCUCCUUGACCUUUGGCGUCAGGUCUCUAGCUCUUGGGCUUUUAGCUGUUGGCUUUUUUCUCCUCGGCUGUUGGGUGAGCUGGUAGGCCUUUUCCUCCUCAGCUGUCAGCUGAGCUAGCAAGCUUUGAACUUUGAGCUUUUGGCCUUUUCCUUCUGGAACAUGAGCUAAGUAGGAAGGUCAGCUGGGUGCUUUCUCUACCUCUCUGAGCUAGUAGGUUUUUACCCUAGCAUCUGGCUCCUGAGUCUUUUUUGGUAAAAUAGAAUGGUUGGGAUUCUCAUUCUUUUGAAAUGACACACUGCCUGUAACUCCAAUUCUAGAUAUAAUUUUAGACACAGACUUUCCGAGUUAAAAAGUUAUAAACAUUUUAACGUUUUUUCUCUAAUGUUAGUAAUUUGCUUUGUACCAAUGUAUGUGCCUCCUAACAAACUGUAACUGUGCUCUGGAAAACACUUGAUGUUGCCACUCGUAGGCAAAGCCAGACAUAUAAAGGAGGAUUGAUAUUUUCUUAUCACCUGUAGGAGUCUUUAGGGAGAGGCCCAUUACUUAGAGUAAUUGGUUGACAUCCAGAAAAUCAUCUCUAGCUUGUGGGACAGCAUUUCUCUUCUGCAGAGUGUUCAGGAGAAGACCACUGAGCUUACUAAAAUGGCGAGCAUCUGUAGCAAAUAUUGGUUACUGCCUUUACUCCUUGCAAAAGCCAACGCUGGCUGUUAUUCUGUGGGAGGUUGAAUAACAUCUAUUAUUUAGGCAGUAUUGAUGUUUAUAUUUUUCUAUAAACAUCUAGUCUAGUUUGUCUGGUUUACAUCACAUAUUUGAUUGUUUUAGGAAUGUAUUUUGCAGUGAAAUUUUUGGCUUUUGUUGUUGAAGAAAAUGACACUGUUGACUCAAGAAGGAAGUGGAACAGCUUCCUAAAUAAGGUACUGCUCUGCUCAUUUCAAUUUGAUCAAGACCAUCUCUCUGCAGUUGUGUAUACAGGCUUAGUGUUGAGUAUCUAAAGUGCUUCAGGGUUUGAAUCUUUUUUCUUCUUUCUUUCUUUCUUUCUUUCUUUCUUUCUUUCUUUCUUUCUUUCUUUCUUUUUCUUUUGAGACAGGGUUUCUCUAUGUACUCUUAGCUGCCCUGGGUCUCUUUUUGAAGAUCAGCCUGGCCUUAGACUCACAGAGAUCCAUCUACCUCUGUCUCCUAAGUGCCAGAAUUAAAGGCGUGCACCACCACCUCUGGGCUCAGAGUUUGAAUCUCUCUUUUUCUUUUUCUUUUUUUAUUAUCAUUUAUUACAGUUUAUUCAAUUUGUAUCCUGACUGUAGCCCCUUCCCUUGUCCCCUCCCAAUCUCACCCUUCCUCCCUCUAUUCCCCUAUGCCCCUCCCCUAGUCCCCCGGUAGGGGAGGUGGUCCUCCCCUUCCCUAUGACCCUAUCCUGUCAGGUCUCCUCAGGACUGGCUGCAUCUUUUAUUUGGAAUUUCACAUAGACUCUACAGGUUGAACAUCCCUAACCCAUACAUCACCUGGAUUUAAAAUAUGGAGGUUAGAGACUUUCAGUCUUUUUUUUUUUUCCUUUUUUUUUUCCCCUUUAGUUAGAAUGAACAAAGAGGAAAUUCAAGUCAGCGUUUCUGCAGCCCUUAUUUGUAUCUGACAAAUAAGGUAGGAGGAAGGGAGAAUUUUCUGAAUGCUGAUAUCAAACUAAUAAGAGCAAAAUAUUUAUAUAAGAGACACUCACAGGUUUGUAAGAAAAUAUGCAAGGAGUCCCCUCACAAAUGAACACGUGUUCUAGGGAAUGAGGUGACUCAAAUGGCCAAAUUCUGUUUGCUUAGAAAGCCUAGCUUGCCCUGUCAGCUAAAGAUGCUGUGGAUGUUCAUAGCAUCCAUAAUGGUCCAAUCUUCCAUAGAAACCUGAUAUUGCCUUUAAAAUGUGUUGUUGUUAAGAGUUGGAGCUGAGGAACAGUGGUCAAAGUUACCAAGUUUGGUUUUCAGCACCUGUGGGCCCGGGGAGCCAAGCAACUGGGGAGACAGCCUGGAGCAAGACUGAGAUGGAGGGGUGUCCAGAUGCUGAAAAUCUUGACACUGGCAGGAGUGGGACUGUUGGCUCCCUGUCCUGGGCCUGCAUGUCUCAGCUCACAGAGACUUAUGGCUCCCACCUCUGCCACCCUUGAGGUGGUCGCUCACUGGGUGGCCAGGUUACAGGUUAAACUUCCUCUUACCUUAUAAGGUCAUAGGCCUUCCCGGGACCUUGGUCCCAGCCAUGCGUACUCACGCCAAAGCCUCUACCCACUCUCCAAAGGUUUAAAUGGCCUUUGUCCCCCAAUUAAACAAGCCGUCCUACUGAAGCUGCCACUCGAGAAGCUGUGUUUUGCGCUCGCCACUGCCCAUGGUCCUGCAUUGUACCCACCUGCCUGGCUUAGCUUCACUCCCUCCAGCGCUGGUGUGUAAGCCUGGUACCCAAAGGAAGAAGCUAACAACAGGCUGGCAAGCACCCACAUGGAAGCCAGCUACAACCUCCAGGAACCCAGUGCCUCUUCUGACUUCCACACUCCUGGGCCCAUGCAGUAUGCAUGCCUACACUCAGGGACAUACAUGGGCAUAAAAUAAAAAUAUACACUGUUGUUGGGAAGCAGAGGAAGGCAGAUUUCUGAGUUCGAGGCCAGCCUGGUUUACAAAGGGAGUUCCAGGACAGCCAGGGCUACCCAGAGAAACCCUGUCUUGGGAAAAACAAAAGCAGUUGACUGUGUUGGUGUAGUAGGUGCUGACUUGGCUCGGAACACAGGAAACACAGGAUAUAAAGUGUGAUCAGAGAAGGCCCUCUCAAUAUGAUUCAAGUAUACUCUAAUACAAAGAAUAGAAUCUAGGCUGGACUAGAUUAUGAACUGCAUUCCAAACAUAACUGCAUGACCACUAAAACCCAAUUUUACCUACCUCCUUAUUUAUUUGGAUUAUAGGCAGCAAAUCAAUUUGAAAACAAAAGCCAUAAUGAUAUUAUUAUUAAGACUUUUUUUUACAACACCAAUUUAGGAGAAAACCCUAUGAGCUGUAAUUCCUAUGAUUACAAAUUACUCUUUUGAGUUGGACAACAGCAUUCAAGAAGCUGAAGUAUGAAAUUAUGAGUUCAAGGCCAGCCUUAGACUAUGCAAAGAGAUCCUGUCAAAAGAAAGGAAGGAAGGAAGGAAAGAAGGAAGGAAAGGGAAGGAAAGAGGGAAGGAAGCAAAAGGAUGCAUCGUGUCAUUUGGGAAGCAGGAACACUGGGCUGCCCACAUAACAAUAUCCACUUAUCAAACUAGCUUCUUCUUGUCUUGACCACAGCAUGCCCAGGAUAGAUUCUGGCAGGGGAACUGACGUCUGGGAGGUCAGUGUGAGUCUAUUUGGAGCCCAGUAGCUGUUCCCAUCCCAUGGCUGCUGCUUAAGAAGAGGACUUGUCAGCUAAGAGUGCUCGCUGCUCAAGCAUGAAGGUCUGUUUUAGAGCCCUAGCACCAAAAAAAGCAUGCACAGCUUCAAGCACCUGCAGCUGCCAUGCUGAGGCUGGGCAUGGAGACAUCUGCCCAGCCCAGGUGAAGAUGCUGUGCUCCAGGUUCAAUGGGAAACUUUGUUCAAGAAGGAAGAGAGUAAAGAGGAGCCCAACAUCCUCCUCUGACCUCCACCUGUACAUGCGCGCACGCACACACACACACACACAGAGAGAGAGAGAGAGAGAGAGAGAGAGAGAGAGAACACUGUUUCCAGCCUAUUUUUAAGUGCAAUUCAAGUCCCCAAAUCUGCAGUUUACAGCUGAAAAGAUAGGAAAGAGCGUGACAAUGAAAUCAUCAGCCCACAUUAGCCGGGCACUUUCUUUAACUGUUAAGUUCUGCUGGGCAUGAGGUUGCAUACUGUUAGACCUGGCCAGCAUUUGAGGCUGAAUCAAGGCCAGCCUGGUGUGUGUGCGUGCGAGUAUGUGUGUGUGUGCCUCUAACACUCUGAGUCUUACUGAGUGUGUGGCAGCUCUGCGAAGUCAGCCGCGCGGUUUCUCCCCGUACACCUAAAGGAGCCGAACCCUUAAUAGUGAAGUGACCUGGGACCACAUAAGUACUAAAUGGCAGUCACUUCUCAACAUCCAUCCAUGUCUUUAUACUAUGGCAAGUCACUUUUCGCCCUGCAGACACACACAUGUAGAGAGCCUGAGAGGGUAGGACCAUGGUCACUCUACUUCCUGUUUGAGUCGAUAGUUUUCUCCCUUACAUCCUCUUAAUAACAUAUUUAUUAUGAUGCAUGCUCUCAGGAAACACUGGGUAUUCAGGGACUGUACUAAACUGAUGUAAAAGUUACUGGAUUUUUUUUUAGCUUUGAGAGAGAAUGGGGUUUAGAUUUUUAAAUGGAAUUAUCAAUCAUCUGACUUGAGUAUUUCAAGUCAGACUCCUAUGUAUUUCUAGCAGACUCCUAUGAAGGAGACUGUCUCCUGUGCUAUUAAAAAUUGAGCUCAUGACUACUGUCUGUGAUUUUUUUUUUCUCUUUAGAGUCAGAGGUCAGUCUGUGACUUCAUGUAGAAAAUAGCCACCAAGCAUCUACCCAGGAUCACUUUUAGUUCUUUAAUUUUGGCAAGCACACAUUUUUCAGGGCAGAUUAAAUUUGCCUGAUGUAUUUUAGAAGUAUGUAUCGCAAAGGACAAGGGAGGGCCCACAGAGCAGAGCUGGCAAGCUUUAAUGGCGGUGAGCAUUUCAGAAGGGAAGCAUGCACCUGAAGACUUUGGUUACUGCAUUUCCAGAGACUUCUUCCAAUCUUUUUCAUUGUCAUUCAGAGCAUAAUAGUGUUUUCUUGAUAUCCAGUUGACAUGGUGCUAAAGUGCCUUUUUCCUUGGUAUUUUCAAGAAAAAAGUAGGAGUAUGCCAUUUUUGUUCUUCUGUACCCUUGAGGACACUAGAACUUAAUGGGUGAUAUUUACCAUGAACAUUUCUCAAAGUUUGUUUCUUGUCUCUGAGCCUGCUGUGGAGAAUUAGUACAAGGUUGAAGCAUGCAUGGAUAAAAUAGAUCGUCUUAAAGGAUUGCAGCUCCAAAAAUACACCAGCAGGACUGGGCAGGUUUGACAUAAUGACGUCCUAUUUUAGUCUGACUUCUGGAACUCUGAAGAACUAUGAAUUGAGCCACAGGAGCUCCGAAGAAGGAGCCUCUUCUGAUCGCAUAGAGGAUGUUCUUCAGACUCUGAAAAGAUUUGUUUGUUGUCGGUUUUCUACAGAAUGAGACUGUUGGUACUUAUCAGCUUUAAUAGAGGAAAUGAUAGAAAGCCUUGGUCCAUAUCAUACUGAAAGCCAAGUUUGACUUCAGAAACCAGGAGCUCCAAGCGGGCGUGUGCACAAGCAGCAGCCGAGAUGGCAGAGGCAGCUGUGGGUGCUGCGGCUCAGCCGGCAGCCGUGAGGAAGAAGAAGAGCCUGUCCAUUGAGGAAAAGAUUGACAUCAUAAACGCAGUGGAGAGCGGCAAGAAAAAAGCAGAGAUCGCAGCUGAGUAUGGAAUAAAGAAAAAUUCCUUGUCAUCCAUUAUGAAAAACAAAGACAAAGUUCUAGAAGCCUUUGAGUCUUUGAGAUUUGACCCCAAGAGAAAAAGACUGAGAACAGCAUUUUAUACGGAUCUGGAAGAGGCGCUGAUGAGGUGGUAUCGGAUCGCUCAGUGUCUAAAUGUCCCAGUCAACGGUCCGAUGUUGCGUCUAAAAGCUAACGAUUUUGCCCAGAAGCUGGGACACAACGAUUUUAAGUGCAGCAAUGGCUGGCUGGACCGUUUUAAGUCCAGGUAUGGCUUGGUGUUUAGAGCGCAGCCUGCAGAAGCCACGGGGAUGCCCGUAGACCCCUCUACUGUCUGGUACCAGAACGUCCUUCCCUAUUACCUAAACGAUUAUCCCCCGGAAAACGUCUUCAACGUGAGAGAGACGGGGCUGCUCUACCGGCUGCUACCGACAAACACCUUUGCCUUCCGCGGGGAAACAUGCUCAGUUGGAAAGCUGAGCAAAGACAGGAUAACCCUGGCGGUUGGUGCGAAUAUGGACGGCUCCGAGAAGCUCCCUCUGCUUGUCAUCGGGAAGAGCCGCGCCCCACGCUGUUUCAAAGGUAUGAAGUCCUUGCCCGUGUACUACGAAGCCAACAGGGCGGCCUGGAUGACGGCGGCCAUCUUUGAGCAGUGGAUGCUGAAGCUGGACGAGAAAUUCCAAGCCCAGAAACGAAGAGUGGUGAUCUUCGUUGAGUCUUCUCCGGCACAUCCGGAGGUGAAAAACCUAAAGUCCAUUGAGUUAGCGUUCUUCCCGUCGUGCCUGGCUUCCGAGUUUGCGGCCAUGAAACAAGGUGUUAUUAAAAGCCUUAAAAUCAAAUACCGCCAUUGCCUUAUCAAGAAAUUUUUAAGUUCUGUGGAGAGCAGCAAGGAGUUCACAUGUUCUCUAUUAGAUGCGGUCGAUACGUUGCAUCUCUGCUGGAGAGCUAUAACGGCGGAGACCAUUGCCAGAAGCUACGAGGAAGCGGGGUUCGCGUCUCCCGGCGGGGAAAAGGAGCCGGCCACGGCAGAGAGCGACGCUGCUCCCGACCUGGCGGCCGGCGCCGCGGGGGCGGCCGUGGAGUUUCCCGAAGGCUUGGCCAUGGAGGAAUACGCUGCCCUGGACGAGGACCUGGAGACCUGUGAGGCCGCGGGGGCCGGCGCGGAGAGCAGCGGGGAGGGCGGACAGGGCGGAAGCGGAGUCUGCGCUUCCGACGAGGAGGACGACGACGGCGGGGCUCCAGAAGCGGACCCGCCCUCCCCGUCCAAGCCCGAGGCCGUGGCCGCCGUGCGCGCCCUGAAAAGCUUCCUCAGAAGCCGCGACGCGAAGGCCGAGCUUCACGACUCCCUGGCAGACCUUGAGAACUUCAUUAACGCUGCGCCGCCUAAGUAGCCAGGCUCCGCGGCUCGGCAGCGGCUUCCCCGGGAAUCUGAGGAACGCGGAGAGGGGAAGCAGCGCUUCCGAGAGAGCAGAGCAGCCCUGCCGAAGGGCAAAGCCCUUGAUCUGCAUAGCAGGGCGCCUAGAGGAAAUGCACAGCAGGAGAAAGGCACUGCAAGGGAGACAGGCAGGCCCUGCGCGCCUCAGCUGACAGAGCCUUGGUUCUUGCCCGCCUUUCACCCCCAGGAAACAGCUGAAGGAGUUUCCACCAACAUUCCAUACACCUUGAAGAUCACCAUCAAGGUCACUGGAGAGAGUUAUGUGAAGGCCAGGAUGGCGGGACUGAGUGCUGUUGUGGCCCGGCGCUCCUGCAGUGAGCAGCUGCCAAUGCCUGCCUGGUCUUGGGCUGGGAUGCUAUUUCAUCACUGCAUCCCCAGGAAGACGUCCCU